AUGAAAGAAGCCGGUGUGUCGGCGGUCGAGGCUCAGUGGGUCCCUCAGCUCUUGCCGCAGUACUGUCACUUCUCUCCUCCCCUCGACGCUCCGGCCCCGUGGCUCUGCUCCUCCUCGGGAACGAUACGAUGCCAGCAGCCGAGCACCUUCUUCAGGGUGGGUUGGCCUCUUCCUGCUGUGGAGAUGGAGUAUCCAGAGGGUUUGGAAAAAUACAAACUGUUUGCAAGAUUCCUUCUUGAGGGACAGAUUUGCCCUAAACUAAAGAAGCACCGUGCGCACCUGCUGUCCAACCCCACCAUAAUGCUGAAGACGUGGGCAAAGCUCCAGCCGCGGACAGAAGUGCUGCUGAGCGCCCUGGUGUCCAAGAAGGUGAACUGCAGGGAGGCGCUCACAGCUGUUUGGAAGACUGAGGACAAGUACCUGCUGUCUGCGUACCGCCAGUGGAUCCCUGAAUCCAUGCAUCAAGACGUUGCAAAGUGUUGGCCUCCUUUAUAA